AGCCAUUUUGGCUCAAGCGCGGCCGCGCGCCAUCCGCCUCCCGCCCGGGGGGUGGCUUGGGACCCGCGGCCCCCCGCCCUCAUCGGGAAGCGCCGUGCUCAGGGCCAUGCGGCCAUGCGGUGGCUCGGUGUUCUGGGCACGGACGUGGACCACGAGCACGAUCAUUUCCAGGCCGCACCCAUCGACCGCCGGCUCGCCACCAACUUUUGGGCCCCGGCGACAGGCGGGGACUACUGCUUAGGCGCGCUUCCAAGAGCUGGGCGCGGCGCUGGCGGCUCCACGUUCCUCUGGGGCGGAGCGGGGCCGCACCCAGCCCCAGGCAUAGAUCUCGGAGGUCUCCGAAAAAAGAAUUUCAGCGCGACGGCGUUCCAGACUGACGACAAGGCCGUCCUGUGGAGCCGCUCGGGGCCCGGCGCCAGGUACAAGGACACGCGGGCCAAGCGCACGGGCUUCAUAGGCGCAGAAGACGCCGAGCCGAAGGGCAGGAAGAAGGCGACGAGCUUCGGGAAGAAGAACGAGGAGGAGGAGGAGGACGAGGAGCCCGGCUCGUCGACGAGUGUGGGGACCGCGAAGUCAAAGAAGAAGCCCGAGAAGCGCUCCAAAAGCUCCAAGAGGGAAGAUGAGGAGGACGAGGCCGAGGAACCCGACGAAUCUUCCUCGGGCACGGGCACGAAGAAAGAAAAGAACAAGGAAACGGACAAGGGCAAGGCAGAUGAUGAGGACGAGGAGAACGACGGAGAGAAGUCGACGCCUGAUUCGGAUUCGCAAACAAAAAGAUCAAAGAAGAUGGCGAGAGAAGAGGACGAGGAAGGGGGUCCUGAUGAGGAGGAAAGCCCCGACGAGGACUCAGCAGGCAAGAAGGGUAAGACCAACGACACGUCCGCGCUAGCCGUUAGCUUCGAAGGCGAGAAACGGAAGCCGAAGGUGAACAAGGCAGAGGAAGAUGUCUCAGAAGAUGCCGAAGAGCCGAACGGUGAGGACGAGGAGACUGCUAAGAGGGAUGAAGGGCUGGACAAGCUGAGCUGCAAAGAGCUCAAGGCUAAGGUGAAUGCUGAUGAAGAGGACGCAUCUGCUAAGUUGGGCAAUGCAACGAAGGACGAAGAAGAGGGGAUUAAAGAAGUUGCAGAAGCAUCAAUGACCAAUAACAAAAAGAAGAAACUAGAGUUGGAAGAACAGGCAGCACAGCGCGAAGAAAGGGCAGAGGAGGAAGCAGAUCUCGUAGAGGAGGACAUGGAACAAGCUGCCAAGAUCCGAGCUCUGAUAAAGAGUAAGUGCGGCCGAAAGGCUGCCGCCGAGGAGGACGAGAACGUCGAAGAGCCAAUUCCCGAUGGGAAUGCCAAAACAGAGGAGCCGAAGGAAAACUGAGUGACACUCCCGCCGAGCUAGGUAGUUCUAGCUGCUGGCGGCGUGGAUCUCCCUUCCUCUCUGGAAAAAGUGGCGGUAUC